AGACAAUGUAAAAUGUGACAUAAAUUUGACAUUGACACAUACUGUUCUUCAGCUUCUUUAGUAGACUAUAAAUUUCUUUCUUUUUGCUAUCUGUCAAAAGACGAGAGCUACCUAUUUUCAAUCAUGGGUCGUGUCCGAACCAAAACCGUCAAGAAAGCGGCGAAGAUUAUCAUUGAGAAGUAUUACACUAAACUGACACUUGAUUUCGACACAAACAAAAGAAUAUGUGAAGAAAUUGCUAUCAUUCCAACCAAACCCCUCCGUAACAAAAUUGCUGGGUUUGCCACCCAUUUGAUGAGGCGUCUCCGCCACUCACAGGUCCGUGGAAUCUCCAUAAAACUUCAAGAGGAAGAGAGGGAACGACGUGACAACUAUGUCCCGGAAGUCUCUGCUCUUGAACAUGACAUCAUUGAGGUGGAUCCUGACACCAAAGACAUGUUGAAGAUGCUUGACUUUAACAACAUCAAUGGUCUUCAGUUGACGCAGCCAGCCACGCAAGGUGGUUAUGGUGGCAGACGUAAUUAAGUAUAAUAAAUAAUAACAUAAAAUA